CUACAAAAGAAACUAAUUUUCCACUCAUUCAUAAAACACUUGAGCGCCUGAUAGGCGACGGGCGCCACGCCAGGCUGGGGAUCGAGACGAGCAAGGAAGCCGGGUGCCCAUCUUCAGGCAGAGCAAGGUGGAGUUUGGUAAAGGCGACCGCGCGCUCCAGGUGCCCGCCUCGGCCGGUGAGGACAGCGCGCCCCUCCACGCGGAAGGGAGGAAAGAGGGAGCUGUUCGCGAAUACAGAGGAGGUCUCCCAGCAUAGACAGCUUUCGACCUGAGUCUUGCGGAAUGAAAAGCGUCACAGACAGUCUCUACAUGAUGUGGCAUCUAAAGACUAAAGAGCCAUCCACCUCACUAGUCCACAGUGAGAAGGCGAGACUCGGGAUUCAAACACCACGACUCCCAUUCUGCUAUUAAUCACUCUGUAGACAUGUGCCCCCACCACAGGGAGUGAACUGCACCAAGGGGGAACGUUCUUGGGGUCCCCAAACCUCCAGCACUUCUUCCAGCACUUCUUGUCUCUCUCCCUGGAGAGAAAACAACUAUGGCACUUUAUAGCGGCUGUCUGAUCCUCUUGGCAUUUACCUGGCACACUUCUGCCUACGGGCCCGACCAGCGAGCCCAGAAGAAAGGGGACAUUAUCCUUGGGGGACUCUUUCCUAUUCAUUUUGGAGUAGCAGCCAAAGAUCAAGAUCUAAAGUCGCGGCCAGAGUCUGUGGAAUGUAUCAGGUAUAAUUUCCGGGGAUUUCGCUGGUUACAAGCCAUGAUAUUUGCCAUAGAGGAAAUAAACAGCAGCCCGGUCCUUCUCCCCAACAUGACUCUGGGAUACAGGAUAUUCGACACUUGCAACACCGUUUCCAAAGCCUUGGAGGCCACCCUGAGUUUUGUGGCCCAGAACAAAAUUGAUUCUUUGAACCUCGAUGAGUUCUGCAACUGCUCACAGCACAUCCCCUCCACCAUUGCUGUGGUGGGGGCCACUGGCUCCGGCAUCUCCACGGCAGUGGCAAACCUGCUGGGGCUCUUCUACAUUCCCCAGGUCAGUUAUGCUUCCUCCAGCAGACUCCUCAGCAAUAAAAAUCAAUUCAAGUCCUUUCUCCGUACCAUUCCCAAUGAUGAGCACCAGGCCACCGCCAUGGCAGACAUUAUCGAGUAUUUCCGCUGGAACUGGGUGGGCACCAUUGCUGCUGAUGAUGACUAUGGCCGGCCAGGGAUCGAGAAGUUCCGAGAAGAAGCUGAGGAGAGGGACAUCUGCAUUGACUUCAGCGAGCUCAUCUCCCAGUACUCUGAUGAGGAAGAGAUACAGCACGUAGUAGAGGUAAUCCAGAAUUCCACAGCCAAAGUCAUCGUCGUUUUCUCCAGUGGCCCAGACCUUGAACCUCUCAUCAAGGAGAUCGUUCGGCGCAAUAUCACGGGCAGGAUCUGGCUGGCCAGUGAGGCCUGGGCCAGCUCUUCUUUGAUCGCCAUGCCGGAGUACUUCCAUGUGGUUGGAGGCACCAUCGGAUUUGCCCUGAAGGCUGGGCAGAUCCCAGGUUUCCGGGAAUUCUUGCAGAAAGUCCAUCCCAGGAAGUCUGUCCACAAUGGUUUUGCCAAGGAGUUUUGGGAAGAAACAUUUAACUGCCACCUCCAAGAAGGUGCUAAAGGACCUUUACCCAUGGACACCUUUCUGAGAGGUCAAGAUGGUGGCCAGAUAAGCAACAGCUCUACUGCCUUCCGACCUCUCUGUACAGGGGAUGAGAACAUCAGCAGCGUUGAGACCCCUUACAUGGAUUAUACACACCUACGGAUAUCCUACAAUGUCUACUUAGCGGUCUACUCCAUUGCUCACGCCCUGCAAGAUAUAUAUACCUGCUUGCCUGGGAGAGGACUCUUCGCCAACGGUUCCUGUGCUGACAUCAAGAAAGCUGAGGCUUGGCAGGUCCUGAAGCACCUACGUCAUCUAAACUUUACCAACAAUAUGGGUGAACAGGUGACUUUUGAUGAAUGUGGUGACUUGAUGGGGAACUAUUCCAUCAUCAACUGGCACCUCUCCCCAGAAGAUGGCUCCAUUGUAUUUAAGGAAGUCGGAUAUUACAACGUUUAUGCCAAGAAAGGAGAAAGGCUCUUCAUCAAUGAGGAGAAAAUCCUGUGGAGUGGGUUCUCCAGAGAGGUGCCCUUCUCCAAUUGCAGCCGAGACUGCCUGGCAGGGACCAGGAAAGGAAUCAUUGAGGGGGAGCCCACCUGCUGCUUUGAGUGUGUGGAGUGUCCUGAUGGGGAGUACAGUGAUGAGACAGAUGCGAGCGCCUGUGACAAGUGCCCCGAUGACUUCUGGUCCAAUGAGAACCACACUUCCUGUAUUGCCAAGGAGAUCGAGUUUCUGUCAUGGACCGAGCCCUUUGGGAUUGCACUCACCCUCUUCGCUGUGCUCGGCAUUUUCCUGACGGCCUUUGUGCUGGGUGUCUUCAUCAAGUUCCGCAACACGCCCAUUGUCAAGGCCACCAACCGAGAGCUCUCCUACCUCCUGCUGUUCUCCCUGCUCUGCUGUUUCUCCAGCUCCUUAUUCUUCAUCGGCGAGCCCCAGGACUGGACGUGUUGCUUGCGCCAGCCAGCCUUCGGCAUCAGCUUCGUGCUCUGCAUCUCCUGCAUCCUGGUGAAAACCAACCGCGUCCUCCUGGUGUUUGAGGCCAAGAUCCCCACCAGCUUCCACCGCAAGUGGUGGGGGCUCAACCUGCAGUUCCUGCUGGUCUUCCUCUGCACCUUCAUGCAGAUCGUCAUCUGUGUGAUCUGGCUCUACACCGCGCCCCCAUCGAGCUACCGCAACCAUGAGCUGGAGGAUGAGAUCAUCUUCAUCACUUGCCAUGAGGGCUCACUCAUGGCUCUAGGAUUCCUCAUCGGUUACACCUGCCUGCUGGCUGCCAUCUGCUUCUUCUUCGCCUUCAAGUCCCGGAAGCUGCCAGAGAACUUUAACGAAGCCAAGUUCAUCACCUUCAGCAUGCUCAUCUUCUUCAUCGUCUGGAUCUCCUUCAUCCCAGCUUACGCCAGCACCUACGGCAAGUUCGUCUCCGCCGUGGAGGUGAUCGCCAUCCUGGCAGCUAGCUUUGGCUUGCUGGCCUGCAUCUUCUUCAACAAGGUCUACAUCAUCCUCUUCAAGCCAUCCCGUAACACCAUUGAGGAGGUGCGCUGCAGCACCGCUGCUCACGCUUUCAAGGUGGCAGCCCGGGCCACGCUGCGCCGCAGCAACGUCUCCCGCAAGCGCUCUGGCAGCCUAGGGGGCUCCACGGGAUCCACCCCAUCCUCCUCCAUCAGCAGCAAGAGCAACAGUGAAGAUCCCUUCCCAGAGCCCGAGAGGCAGAAGCAGCAGCCACUGGCCUUGACCCAGCAAGAGCAACCGCCUCAGCCUCAGCCCGCCUUGAGCCUGCAGCAGCAGCAGCAACAGUCACAGCAGCAGCCCAGAUGCAAGCAGGUCAUCUUCGGCAGUGGCACGGUCACCUUCUCGCUGAGCUUUGACGAGCCUCAGAAGAGUGCCGCGAGUGCCACGGCUCACAGGAAUUCCAUGCACCGGAAUUCCCUGGAGGCCCACAAAAGCAACGACACCCUGACCAAACGCCAGGCAUUACUCCCACUGCAGUGCGGGGAGACAGACUCAGAACUGACCUCCCAGGAGACAGGCCUGCAAGGGACUGUUAGUGGGGACCACCAGCCAGAGAUAGAAGACCCUGAAGAGAUGUCCCCAGCGCAUGUGGUGUCCAAUUCACGGAGCUUUGUCAUCAGCGGUGGAGGCAGCACUGUCACAGAAAACAUACUACAUUCCUAAGUGGAAGAAGGCCAGUCCAGGCAGGAUCCAGAGAGGUGUCCUGGGAUCACAUUCUCCGACAGGGACAACAGGCUGCUCCUAGCUCCUUUCCUCUGAGGAAAGAGGAAUAAUAGACAAGCCAAACACCUCAGACUUACUGGCACUGUUUUAAAUGACAGUAAAUUGACCAAUGUUCCCUUUAAAAUUUAAAAAAAAGAUAAACAGCAGAGCCAUGCGCUCUUGUGGUAGGACUUGUUAGAGUGCUAAGAUCACCGGAGUCUGAUUGGCUAUUCCAUGUCUCUUCUUCUGUUCCCAUCCUCUAUUCUAACCCACCCAACAGCCCAGAGAUGGAACCAGCCUUUAAGCUACUCACCUACCCCCUCCUUUUUUUUUUUCAUAUUGAAAUGACUACCCUGAACACUGCACACACCCUGGCCCAGAGACAGGGUGCAGAGUGACUGGGCAUAUUCAUGACCGCCCCUGGAGUUAAGGGUCUGAAAGACAGAAUGUCAACAGCUCUGUCCAACACCUUGACAACAAGAAGAACUUUAAAUGAACUUCAAAACCAUAGGUGAAAGUGUCCCCUCCUAUUUAUGAAAACCACAAGAUAUUUGGACUUCUACUUGCUGCUGCUGUCACGGAAGGUUAGGGUCCGUCUUGUACCAAUACAUCUGGUUUUGUCCAGAAUGUGAUAGUGGUGCCAUGUUUAGAUUCCAGGGUGAUACAGAAGCACCUCAAAUUGCUGGGAAGAGACUGCGCGACUUCAAUGAGCUGUAUCUGUAAUUAAUAUUGCUAUAUGUAGCUUUCUCCUUAAGAAAAUGUUUUUGUUGUAAUAUUCCAUGGACAAUAUAAACCAAAAAAAGUCAUAGUUUGGUUUAUAAAAGGCAGUAUUAUUGAGCUCCAUUUUUCUUUCCCACCCCACCACCCUCACCCCAUGAGCUAAGCCCUAUGUGAGCCCUUUCAGGCCCCAGGGGUCCAGGAUCUACACACCCCAUCCUUGCUCCAAAGGAAACCUUGCUUCCAGAAACCAGAUUUAUCCUUGUCCCUGUGCAGAAUAAGCUUUCAGUCACUGGUCCCCUACCAGUUUGGGGGUAAGAUAGUGUGGUUCUAAGAGAGCUCUCACAGGCUAGUACCCUGGCACUGCAUCCCCCAAAUGUCUACCAUGUUCCUUCCAGCAGCAGAAGUCUGCCCACUGGUAGUUAAAGGGUUUGAAUGGCAUGCUGCUGAGAAUUUAGACUCUAGAGCCAGAGAGACUUGAAUGCAAGCCCUGGGUUGACCAAUUAUAAGCUGGACGACCAUAAGCAAGGAACCCUAACCUUGCUAAGCCCCAGCUUCUUUGUCUCUAAAAUGGGGACAAUAAUUAUUCUUCUCCUUCAGAAUUCUUAUGUGGAUUAAAUGAGAUAAUGUAUGUAAAGUACUUUAGCAUGGUGCCUAGCACAUAGUG